AAGCAGCCAAUAGGGAGCCAGGGAUCCAAGACAACAAAAGGAAGAGCAGUAGGUAUUCAGUCACGUGAAUCUACCGGACAGAUUGUUAUUUAGUCUCGCAAGAAGUCUGGCCGAGUGGAGACGGAUCUCUUCUGCUGUUUGCGCACAACAAGGAUGCGUGCCUGCCGGCUACUAGUAGUGUUCCUUUGUACUUUAUGGAAGACGAUGAUACCUGCCUCAGAUGCUGUCAUCACAAAUAACAGAUUCUUCGCUCUGCCCCACAUACCCACAGCCAAUGUCGAAAUGGUCUUACCUUAUGCCAAGAGUACCUUGCAGUGCUUUGGGGCAUGCGCCAGUCACCAGCCCUCUUGUCAGGGAUUCGUUGUGAACAGCGUUGACUUGACUCAGCCAUGUAAACUUCUAAUAGGUCUAACAGGUCUGAAGAACGCAGCCACGCCUAACACCAAGGCCUACGUCACCAGAAUCAUCGACGGGCAGGUCAUCCACUACAACGCCACACGAAGAACCUGGGCAGACGCCAACGCCUACUGCGCAGGUCUGAACAAGCAGCUCAUUAGGCCUGCCACUGUGAUUGCAAACGCGGUCGUCUUGGAAGCCAUGAACCCGCUGUACAUAUUCGUCGGCGCCCUAACUGACCUGGCUGACCCAAACCUUGUUCGUGACCUCUACGACAACCAGCAGUUGGGCGUGACCUGGGCCUCUUGGCGAAGGUACUUGGGGGAUCCCAAAAAAUACAUGGCCUAUGUUGAAGGCGCUUUCGAGGAUAUCAAUGAUUACUGGACCCCAUCUGCCACGGGCACUAUAUGUAUGCCAAAGCCCUAAAGCAGGGGUGCCCAACCUUUUGUUUCCCAUGCACGAAUUUUCUUCACUUCUAAUUCAGAUGCGCCACACAAACUUUAAACUUCAACCCCCUUUCAAUCCUUUAAGUAUGGUAAUUUGGACAUAUUUGGGCAGUUAUACAUAUAAUCAUUUG